UCAGGGAGUAGAAAAUAUUGAACUUUCCAAUUGGUUAAGUCUCGUUGAAAAGCGAGUCCAGUAUUCUAUUCUUUUUGCUUUCAUCCUUUUGAUUCCCCUACUUGACAGUUGACACGAUUCAAUUCCUCCUGCCAUUGCGAACAGAAAAAGUUCCCGCUAGGGAAUGCAGAGAAAUGAAAAGAGCUUCGCUUUAUAACUUCCAAUUAGGAGGCGGGAGGGCCCAAAAACCACCCGCUGGCGGCCGAAAUUGCCACCGGAAACACGUUAACCUCCACCCUUAGAUAAAAAAUCCUCCAACAUUUUAUCGACGCAACCCAACAUAACCCAUAAAAUUAAAUAUAGUUUUAACACUUCGAAACCUUACAAAAUCUUCAAAUUUCCUAGAAUAUGUCGAUGGGAUCCGAAGAAAAAUGCAGCGCGCUAAAUGGAAAAUAUGAGCUCGGUCGACUUUUAGGCCAUGGGACGUUUGCAAAAGUGUACCAUGCGCGCAACUUGCAGACCGGCAGGAGCGUGGCCAUGAAAGUGGUUGGCAAAGAAAAAGUGUUGCGAGUAGGCAUGAUGGAGCAAGUGAAGCGCGAAAUCUCCGUCAUGAAAAUGAUGAAGCACCCCAACAUCGUAGAGCUUCACGAAGUCAUGGCUAGCAAGACCAAGAUAUAUUUCUCCAUGGAGUUGGUCCGUGGUGGCGAAUUGUUCGCGAAAAUCGCCAAGGGCAAGCUACGCGAAGAUGCCGCUAGGAGCUACUUCCAGCAGUUGAUAUCGGCUAUCGAUUUCUGCCAUAGCCGGGGAGUUUGUCACCGGGAUUUGAAGCCUGAAAAUCUGUUGCUAGAUGAAGAAGGGAAUCUAAAAGUAACGGAUUUUGGGCUAAGCACAUUUUCGGACCAUCUUAGGCAAGAUGGUUUGCUGCACACAACUUGCGGCACACCGGCCUAUGUCGCUCCUGAGGUGAUUGGGAAAAAGGGAUAUGAUGGUGCCAAGGCAGAUAUUUGGUCUUGUGGGGUGAUUCUUUUUGUGUUAUUGGCAGGUUAUUUGCCAUUUCAAGAUGAUAACAUAGUUUCUAUGUACAGGAAAAUUUACAAGGGGGAUUUCAAGUGUCCUCCUUGGUUUUCACCCGAGGCCAGAAAAUUGAUCGCCAAAAUGUUGGAUCCAAGACCAAGUACGAGGAUAAGUAUAGCAAAGAUUAUGGAGUCAUCUUGGUUCAGAAAGUCAAUACCAAAGAGUUUAAGGACUAACGAAGAGCAAGCUGAAGAUGAGGAUAAUGUUGAGAAGGGAAAAGAAACAGAAACUAUGAAUGCUUUCCAUAUAAUUUCCUUGUCUGAAGGCUUCAAUUUGUCUGGUCUUUUCGAGGAGAAGAAGAAGGUGGAGAAAGAGGAAUUGCGAUUCGCGACAACAAAGCCGGCAGGUAGUGUGAUUUCAAAGCUCGAGGAAGUUGCGAAAAUGGGGAAUUUUAGCAUAAAGAAGAGUGAUUCCAGCGUUAGAUUGCAAGGCCAAGAAAGGGGGAGAAAAGGGAAGCUUGGAAUCGCCGCGGAUAUUUUCUCCGUGACCCCUUCAUUUUUGGUUGUGGAGGUGAAGAAGUCGAGUGGCGAUACAUUGGAAUACAAUCAAUUUUGCUGCAACGAGCUUAAACCCGCGCUUAAAGAUAUUGUUUGGACAUCACCCACGGGGAGUUCAGUGCCCACAUUAAGUUCGGGAUGUUAGAUUCAUGUUUCGAUUGAUCAAUAAUUGUUCUUAUUUUUAGACUUAAUCUGAAGUCUGUGGAAUUACCAUAAUUUAGUUCAACUUGGGUUGAUCCUCUUCUUUAAGAUUGAGAAAUAUGUAUGUAUUUUGUGCAAUGUCUGUUGAAUCAAGUUUGUAAAUUGGUGUAUUGUACAUAAUUUAAUUUUCUUGUUAUACCUAUAAUU